CGGCCUUUUCUGUCCUGGGGCAAACCGCUCCCAGGCAGUGCUUUAUGAGCAGAGGCCGUGGGACGUGACCCUAUGCAGACCUUCGUGUCGCUUGUCACGUACACUCGCAAAGCAUGGACAGCACGUAGUCAGCGAGGGUGAGAGGCCGCCAUGAUGGCCUCGACCGUCGCCUUCGCUAGUCGCUCCCCUUCCUCGGGGUCCUCUUCGUCUUGCUCCUUUCACACUCCCCUCCUCGUCCCCUUCCCUCCACAUUCCUCCUUUCACCCUGGCCCAAAAGCAUGUGCCUCCCUCCACAUCUAACCCACUCGCUCGCUGACCUGCUUCGGCUGCGGCCUCCCCUUGCCUCGUCGUGCUCACUCUCAAGGUUCCUGGUCGCCUACCGCCUUGCGCUGCCUUGUCAGAGUCCUUGCCAUCCUAGCCUCGCCCUACCAGACAUCAACAAGCGCCCCUCCCCCUGUUCGCACUCCUUGCCCCCAGUCGUUGUCCCCUCCUCUGCUCCGUGUCUUCCCCCCCUGUGAUGCCUUCAGCAGGGGUCGCAGCAGACCCUGGGUCGCAGUAAACAGAUCUCUGCCCUUGUCCUCCUUGGGGCAGAGGCAUGCGAGUGCUCCAUCAGGUGCGAGCGCGCCCGCCUCUCCCCGCCCACCGUCCUCAACGCUUUUGGUGGUAUCCCAAUCUACUCCAAUCCUCUCAUCGCCCUGGCUGUCUCUGUGCCUCGGCUGGCUAUCGGAAUCCAUGUUUCUGCUUGUGGCCAUCGCGCCGCCUUCUUUCGGCCCUGAAGGCCUGCUUAAUCGUCAUCUCUGGUUGGCUGGCUCUGGCUGAGUCGUCUCUUCGUGAGAAGGCUCCUCCGCGCACGCUAGGCUGGGGUACAACUGCAAGUUCGCCGCGCCCCCAGUCUCGUUCUACCCGCCACCCCCCCCAUCCACUCCCUCUGCUGCACCCUACCCAACACCCCCCUGUUCCAAGUGACGAGUGACGAAAGCAAGGUACCUCCAUGUACACACCUGGGCCGAGAUUGUAUCCAAAUGCUUGUGCUUGCUGUGGGCAUGCUGCUCUGUGUGCAGAGACCGACAGUUCGUUCGCCGUCUCUGCGCAUCCUCCACCUCUCCGGGUCCAGCACGCACCAGGGUGGGAUCGCCUCGGGGAAACAUGUCGAUUGUAUAAUACCGUCUGGCCGUCCCAUCCUUUGUCCCCAACCGCUGUGGCUUUGCUUGCCCUUUUCCUCAAAUCAAAUUCUUGUCACAACCGGACCCUACCUUUGCUGCAUAUCGUUACCUUCUCUCUUUAUUUAUCCACGGCUAUUCACUGUGCGCCUGUCAUUGACUGCAGCAGGUGAAGACGCCUUCUCGCUCCGACCCUGUCAUCACGUCACCGCCUUUGGCCCGUAGCUCACUGUCUGCCCGCCGCCCAGUUCUCGCCUCUGGGUCAACAACACACUGUCGUUUUGGCCCACAGGACCUGUACAAACCAACAACCGCUUCGCAGCUCUUCCUUCUCUGACACACAUAGAGAAGGGGAUUCAUUUUAUACUAGCUAGCCUAACAUGACCGUCUCGCUGGCUGUCCCGGCGGCACCCGCCGCCACCGCUCCCGUCGACCUUCCUGCCAUUAACACCAAGGCGGCGGACACGGCCGCUGCUCGGAAACGUAGGAGACGCGCACCCGCUGGCGGGGCCGCUGACGACUGCUUUACGUGCUCCAAGAGGAACGUCAAGUGUGACAGGAGGAGACCGUACUGCUCACCGUGCCUCGAGGUUGGGAACGAGUGCUCCGGGUACAAGACGCAGCUCACAUGGGGGGUCGGUGUGGCCAGCAGGGGAAAGCUCAGGGGCCUCUCUCUGCCCGUGGCGAAGGCGCCGCCGGUCAGCACCGCCAUCUGCAAGAAGGGCUCGCCCACGCGCACUAGGGCCGGCUCAACAAACAUCGGCACUGCGGGUCAGUGGCCGGAGCGGGAUGAGGGCGCCGCGAAGCGCAGGCCCGCCCAUCUCCAGAUACACACGACCGUACGCGACUUCGACCGCCACCACGGCGUCUCGUCCCCGAGCACCCCGUUCCACGGUGCAUUUGACCCAUGCCGAAUCCCCAGGGCGGUCGAUGCCACCCCGACUCUCCCACACCACGCCUCCCACUGGGACCACAUGCCCUUCUCAGCCGGCCUGCCGUCGGACAACAUGCGCUAUGGAAAGCUCUCACACGGCAUGGGCCACGCCGACCACCAGCUCUCGUCGUCUAUCGAGUCCAUCAGCGAUAUGGAGUACCACCUGUCUCCCAUGAGCCACUCGUUCCCCAGGGACGAGAUCCCCUUUCUGCACAGCCCCGCGGUCCUGUACGACAGUUACACGGGACACAACUCGCCCGCCGUGCCUCCGAGCCCUCUGGCGGCCAUGAUCAUGGAGCAGCGCAACGCGCCCACGUCAUGCCCCGGCCUCGUGUACGCGCCCUCGGAACAGAGCUCGAGCCUGCACUCCCACCCGGACUUCGAGGCGCAGCUCAGCAGCAAGCUGCUCCUCGACUGCGACUCAAUAGGGACCCCUGAACUGGAUGCCUACGGCUCCAGCGCCAACUCCAACGGUCACUUCUGGGGGCCGUCCCCCGCCGACGAGGACUCGGCCUCGUCCCAAGGCGUGCCCGAGCCCACACACUCGCUGGCCGCCUGGCCGUCGGCUGUCGAGACGCCCAUGGUGCACGUCACCCCCGACCUGAUCGCCAGGAUGCCCUUCUUCCUCGACUACUACGAGAACACCAUGUGCCCUUCCAUGGUUUUCAUCGACGGCCCCAACAACCCCUUCCGCGAGCACAUUCUGCAGCUCGCCGCGGGUAGCCGCAGCCUGCAGCACGCCAUCUGCGCGCUGGCCGCCUGCAACCUGCGCAUGAAGCGCAGGCUCAGCCUGGGCCAACACUCGCCGCGCGACAUGGCCGACAAGAGGCCCGGUUCUCCCGACGGGUCGGCCGAUGACCAAUCUCUGCAUGAGGAGUACCAGCACCGCAACCUCGCGGUGCACCUGCUCAACGAGCAGCUCAACGACGCGACCAAGUCCAAGCACGACUCGGUGCUGGCCACCAUCCUGAUCCUGUGCCACUACCGCAUGGCCGAGUCCGGCAUUGCCCGCUUCCAUACACAGUUCGCCGGCGUCAAGAAGAUCCUCACCAUGCGCCGCGCAUCCUCCUACCCACCCUCGCCCGACUCGGCCUGGAUGGAGUCUCUGUUCACCUACUUCGACGCCAUCUCGGCGAGCAUCAACGACCGCGAGGCCCAGCUCGGCGCGCCUCUGUACAGCGGCGUACCCCUGGAUAGCACGCCGCUGCUGCCGCCCGGAACCGAGAACCUCGUCGGCUGCGACCGCGAGCUGUUCCGCAUCAUCGUCAGACUCGGGCGCCUGAACUUGCUGUCGCAGCACCGGCCGGUGCAGAACAUGGGCGCGGGGUCUCCCCUGCAGCGACACGUCCCGUCGCGCUCGCAGUCCCCGCUUGCCUCGCCUCUCGGGCACAUGUACAAGCCCAGCCAGCAGCAACAGCAACAGCAACAGCAACAGCAACAACAGCAACAACAGCAACAGCAACAACAACAACAGCAGCGCAUGGGGAUCGACAUGUUUGGCGUUCCCACUGGCGGCAACCACCACCGGUUCGAUGGUAACGGGUUCGGUACCACGCUCAACGACGACGAGCUCAUGUCUGCAGCACUCAGCUCGUCGCCGGCGUACGACGAACUCCGCACCGCCUUCUGGCGUGAGUGGAGGGAGGCGCGCAACGCGCUCCAGACUUGGUCUUUUGACGGACAGCGCCUCGCGUCAUCUAUGGUGCCUACUCCGACCCCGGCGCAGAUGCGGGACCUCUGUUCGUUGUCCGAGGCCUUCCGGUACGCGGCGCUGCUCUAUACGGAGCGGCUGGCCGGGCCUGAAGUGCCCUCGUCGCACGAGCAGUUCCGCAACCUGGUGUCGCAGGUGGUCUACUACGCCACCAGCCUCGAGGCCGGGUCUUCAGCCGAGAAGUUCCUGCUCUGGCCGCUCUUCGUGGCGGGCAGCGAGUGUGUCAACGAGCUGCAGCAGAACAUUGUGCGCAACAAGUGCCGCGACAUCAUGGCGCGGUCCGGAUACAUGAACAACCUGGCUGCCCUCGACGUGCUCGAGCGCCUCUGGGCCGGCGAGGAUGCGGUUGGCGCAAUCACCGUCAAGGAGGAGCAGCACAGCUCCCACCUUGGCGGCAUCGACAUGGGCCCGCCCAGCCACCCGCACCACCAGCACCACUACCAGCACAACCAGCAGAGGCUCCCUGGUAUGAUGAACAAUGGCCCCUUCAACUGGGCAAGGUGCAUUGGUGGCCAGGGGUUCGAGGUGGAGUGGAUCAUGUUCUGAUGCCCUCCCAUCCUCUUGUUUUUCUUUUUUCCUAGCGAGCAGAGCGUUUUUAAAGCGUUGCUACUCAACCUGUUUUUUUUUCUUGUGAUACCUCAACCCUCGUCUUUUGUUUUUAAUGUUUGCCACCACCAUUUUUCCCCCCGGCACAGUCGGUGUCGUGAUACACGAACGAGGAUACGAUACUCAGGGUCAUGUUGUUAUUGCUGUCGAUGAUCUUUGCAUUUAUUUCUUUCUCGAGCCCUUUACGUUCAUCAAUGUAUAAUGUAUGGAUACACAUAUCAUCGUCAUGUUUGUCUUCAGAGGAGUCACGGGGUAAUGGGGAAAGGGACCGGGGAAUAUGAUACCUAAAGGGGUGAAACUAGGAAAGGGGCGUGUAUUUUGGUCAUGUAACGGUCUGGGGGUUGGGGACGACGAAACAAACACCCAUAGAUAUCGGUUGGCAAAGGGCAAUAGCAUUCAUCUCCAUUUCAUCAACUGUGGUCUGUUUCUUGCA